AUGAAUCUCCCUAUUUUGACUGCAGUCCUUCUUGGACUUGUCCUGACUCCAGCCCUUGCUGAUUAUUCUCAGCAGACAGAUAACAACUGCCAGGUCUCUGUUGGUGGUGUUUUCCAAAAUCUGACUCUCAGCAGUCAAACACAUGUGGUGGUUAUUGAACAAAGGAGCAACCACUUCUCAUGGAAAACCAUCUGGAACUACAACACGGGUAUCAUUGCAACCAAAUUGAUGCAAGAGAGAACUUGCUACAUUUCUCUCAUGAACAGAAAUGAGAUGCCCACCUUUGAAAAUCUUGCCCAACUGGCUUCACAGAGCAUG